AGAGCAGACUCCUAGCGCUCUCUACUUGUAUAAUCUCCAUGGUAUUUUUUUAAUUUUCUUUUGAGGUUAUGAAAAUUUUUCAAAUUUUAUUUGGCGCAUUUUCAAUUUCACAAUGUCAGAUAAUACAAAUAUUUUAAAUGAAAACGUUAAUAUGGAAGAAUAUAGUGAAGAAAUGUUUGAUAGUGAAAAUUUAAUUACAGAAGAUGGCAACGACGUUGAUAUUGAAGAUGAGAUUGAGAAACCAACAGCAGAACAGACUCCAAAUGAACAAACUGAACACGAACAGAAAUUAACCAAAUUACCUUUAGCACGAAUUAAAAAUAUUAUGAAAAUGGAUCCAGAUUUGAAUCUUACAAGUCAAGAAGCUGUAUUUUUAGUUGCCAAAGCUACAGAAUUAUUUAUUGGAUCUUUAGCACGUGAAACAUUUGCAAUUACAUCUAAAAAUAAGAAGAAAACAAUGCAACGUAAAGAUUUAGAUGCGGCUAUCGAAUCAGUCGACGCUCUAUGUUUUCUUGAAGGAACUUUAGAUUAGUUAUUAAAAUGUGUUGUUUAGUUAUUUAAUCAGAUAUUUUGUACGUAUUUUUUAAUAAUAAAGGUUU